AUGCUUGCGUCAGAUAUUAGUGCACAACGGAAACCCAUAAAAGAGGCUCUAUUCCUCAACAGUGACCUCUUUAACAACGCCACACUUGAGGACUGCGUAUGGAGGCGUGAACGCGAACCGUGUCCUGAUCCCAACGUGACACUAAACUUAUACACUGAGGCUGAACCGUAUAAAAAACAGGUAGAUCUAUUUAGCGAAGACUGGCUUCGUCAAAGUAGUUGGGAACCAUCACACGAGACGAUCCUGCUGGUGCACGGUUACGCUGGCGGCGAUGACACUCUACCUAUUGUUGUGCUUCGAGAUGCAUACCUUCGUCGCGGCGGCUACAAUGUUUUCAUGCUGGACUGGGGGCAGCUUAGCCAACCGCCAUGUUAUGUGGCAGCAGUUCAUAACCUUCGACCAGUAGCACGAUGUGUGGCGGAAGCUUUAGGAUCGCUGAGGAGAGCUGGCCUAAGACCAGACCGCCUUACGUGUGUUGGUCAUUCGCUCGGCGCCCACAUGUGCGGCAUUAUGGCCAAUUAUUUGAAUUUUAGGCUCAAUCGAAUUAUUGGCUUGGACCCAGCCCGCCCCCUCAUCAGGUCCGCGCCCGCUCUGCGCCUGGACCCGGGCGACGCGCGCGCCGUGCACGUCCUCCACACCAAUGCGGGCCGAUACGGCGAAGGAGCCCGACUUGGACACGCCGACUUCUGCCUUAAUGGGGGACGGAGCCAGCCAUAUUGUGAAGAUACACCGAAUGAAGCACUAUGCAGUCACGUCUGGUCGAUCUGUUACCAAGCAGAGAGCCUGUUCCGGCCUCGCCCCGCGGCGCCGUGCGGCAGACGCUGCUCCGUGCGCGUGCCGCCAGCGCGGGCCGCGGCCUUGCCUGUUCCUUUGGGGCAACCGACGCCAAUGACCGCAUCAGGAGCCUAUUGCCUGGAGGACUUCACGACUCCGUUCUGCCCGGCGACGACGGGGCUGCUGCAGGGCGACGAGCGCUGUUGCCUCGACAAGCUGUACGCGGCGGCCGCGAGCGCGCCCCCGCCCCCGCCGCCGCGCGCGCGCCCCCGCCCGCCGCCCCGCCUGCGCGCGCCCUACGAAGGCAACAACACCUUGGAUAAUUUCACCAUUUAACGUGUCAUUUUAAAUAACCACUUUAUAUAUAAAGUCUCGACUCAAUUAAUAAAAUACGACAGAAAUUCUAAAGAUCAAUGAUCGAUUAUUUCCGAAAGAAAAUAAUUUAGUCAGACUUUUUUUUAAUUGGUGACGUUUCAACCUUUCUGUAGUGAUGUAUAUGAACGAAUAUGUAUAUUCCUGUUACAAAUAUAAUUAGUCUAGUUUAUUCAUAUUACAACUUCUUCAACAUUCAAACUUAAAUGUUUUGCGGUGUCGCAAUUGUAUAG